AUGGAUUACACUCGCUAUGCUAUUCUAGCAGCACACAUAUGGCGCUGUGCCUGCAAGGCAGAGGACCUCUUGGAACAGCAAAUGACCAAGCUGUUCACGGCCACGGAUGGUCGGUCCUGGUUGUGUCCACCACUCCCAACAGGCUACCUAGGCAAUGUGAUCUUCACUGCCACGCCCAUUGCCCUCUCCGGUGAUCUUCAAUCCGAACCAUUAUCAACCUCUACCAAGAGAAUUCACAAUGCCAUGACAAAGAUGGACAACGAGUACUUGAGAUCAGCUCUCGACUACCUUGAGGUGCAGCCUGAUCGAGCAGACCUCGUUAGAGGGUAG